AUGCCAUCUACCAACGGUCGUCUUCACUUUUCGCUUUGGAAUCGCAUCAUCCAUGGUCGACAUUCUCACGAUGAUGACGAAGAGACGGUUUGUUUGGAUCGAAAUAAUGGCGUCGAUAUGAUUCAUGUGCGACGGAUCCCCAUGGAAGUCGUCGAUGAAAGCGACGAUACUGCGAAUUCGACAGUUCCACCGCCCUUCAUGGAGCCGCAUCCAACACGAUUUUGGAUCUACAACAAGGCUCAUGGACAUCAUCAUAAUAUCAUUGGGGAGAAUGCCGGCAUGAGCCCACGAGGACCACGAAGAUGGACUGCUGCUUCCGCAAACAAACAACGAGACUAA